GCAAUCGAAAGUGUUACUAAUCACCCGUUCCUACGCAAAACUAGCAAGCUCACUGAUCUUUAGAUCAACAAAGGUUUUUGCGUUUUCCGGCAGAGGAAGAAACGCAAUGUCGGGGUUCGGAAUGGCCCCUUUUGGCGCCAAUCACAUUUCGACAACUCACACUACCUCGAUCGAUGCAUCGACUCCAUGGGUGGCAGCUUCGGACGGAAAUCUACCUCUCUUGCAAACAUCAUUGUCGGCUCUAAAGUUGACAGUCGCAGCACAAGACGAGAACGGCUACACAUGCUUGCACGCGGCCGCUUCGUACUCUCAACUACCGAUAAUAGAAUGGUUACUGACCCAAGACUCAAGUCUACUCCACCAGGUCGACAAAGACGGCGACUCGGCCUUGCAUUACGCGUCGACAGUCGAGGCUUGUCAAAGCUUGGUGACACAAAGCAUCGACGUUCAGACUAGGAACCAUUCGGGGAAAACAGCCCUUGAAGCCAAGCGUGCAGAACUCGACGAACUCAUUCAGGACGAGGACUUUGAAGAAACAGAUCCCGAAGCCGUCACAUUGCGCAGAGUUGUAGAAUAUCUGGCAUCGCUCUCAACAAUUUCACAAUAGCGAUUUUUCCAGCACCUUACAAAGAGUUGAAGAAAUCUAUGACAAAAAGUUCCUCCUGUCUCGGGAUGAGCAAUGGCUGUGUAUCCUCACAGUAGUUCUACGAGAGCAGUACACUAUCCAGAAGCAUCCCGUGGUCGAUGUGAAUUAGAGGCUCAAUAAUUUGUUCGGAAGAAAUCAUUCAGCUACC